AUGGCGACUAGCACAACUACCACUCUUGCGACUACAACACUAGUCGGAGUGCCUUUCGAGAAGACAUGUCCAACAUGCGGCCAGGCGCCAGACACACCACCACCGCCAGACUUUACGCGCCGGCGGGUGAAGGACUUGGAGGGACAGGUGCAUUACUUGAAUUCCCAGGCUUCCCAUAUGACGGAGAAACUGGCCGAGUACGAAGAGGAGCUGCGACGGCUUCGUGCCCAAAACCAACCAGCCGCCGCCCCGACCAGCCUAGUUCAACGAAACAACUCGUUGAUGUCCUCGAGUUCCACUUCCUCGCGCGGUGAUAACUCGCAGUCACCGCCGCAACAAGCACCACCGGGCCGCCUUUCGUCCCUUGCCUCCCUCCUCCCAUACCGCCGUCCAAGCACGGCGUCUUCUCAACCACAGUCACAUCAAUCACCACCACCACCGUCGCCAUUACAGCAAACGCAAACGCCGCCCCCGCCUUCGCCACGCACUCCUACACCCCGCCCUUCUACCGAAGAGACACUCGAGCUCCAAAAUGCACUGAACGAGGAACAAAAGCUCCGCAAGGCAGCGGAGACGCAGCUUACACAAGCAAGUUCUGAGCUUGAAGAGCUGACGGCGCAGCUCUUCAGCCAGGCGAACGAGAUGGUCGCGCAGGAGCGCAAGGCACGAGCGCGGUUAGAAGAACGUGUCGCCGUCUUGGAGCGCCGGGAUAUCGAGAAGAGGAAUCGCUUGGAGAGACUGGAGAAGGCGAUGGAGAGGGUUGACCGGAUAAGAGCAUUGGUUGGAUAA